AUGGAUAGUUUAUUAAAUACAUAUAUUGAACCCACCUGGUUCAGUUUGGUAAACAAGUGUACUGAAGAUAAUUUUAUUUUUUAUGGAACAAUAUUGGCACAUAGUGGAUCUUUUUUGUUAUUUAAUAUGCAAUACAUUUUAUAUGACUUAAUACCAUAUUUCAAUAAAUAUAAAAUCCAAAAGAAUAUAAAAAAUAGCUUAAAUUUUAAAAAAAUUAUUUUUACUCUAUUUUAUCAGGUUUUUCUAGAUGUUUGUUUUCUGUAUUUUUCAAUCCCCAUUUUAAAAUACUUUGGAUUUGGACCUAGAACACCCUUGCCAUCAUUGUUUUAUUUCAUCUCUUCUUUGAUGAUAUGUGUGGUUUUGGAUGAUUUCUUUUCGUAUUUUAUCCAUAGAACUAUUCAUACACCCUUCUUUUAUAAGCAUGUUCAUAAAAAACAUCACAUUUUAACAUCGCCCGAUGGAUUCAGCGCUGAAUAUAUCACAUUGUAUGAGGGUUUAGCCUAUGGAAUGGCAACUUUUGUAUGCACUGUACUUUUUCAAAGGCAUUUGUUUUCUUUUUGGGCUUUUAUUAUUUUCAAAGUUUAUGAAAUCGUUGAAACCCAUUCAGGCUAUAAUGUACCUUGGUCUCCAUCAAAACUUAUUCCAUUUUGGGGUGGAGCAACAUUUCAUGAUUAUCAUCAUAGAAAUUCUGUGGGAAAUUAUGCCUCUACAUUUACCCUUUGGGAUAAACUGUUUGGUACCUAUAAAAAUAAAUAA